GAACGCUGCUUGUCUCCUCCUGCAGUCACUGCAGAGUGUGGAGAGCUUGCCAGGGCAAGGAUCCCAAACUGCUGGACACAGCAUGACCGGCCCGCGUCCGGAGAGCCUGACUGGUGUGACUCUGCUCCUGACAGUGAGUUAAGGUGAAGCAACUAAUCACUCUCAGAAGUCUUUUCCCCCCGGAGAUCUCUGCUGACAGCAACCAAGGUACUUUCAACUCCACCUUAUCUGAAGUUAUAAUUAUUUUACAAUCCAGUGGUAUUGGUUACUGAAAAUGGAAGAAACAAGGAAGCUCUCUCCAAAGCUAUGUAAAAGCAAAGAACCUGUGAAAACAGAAUGGGGGUCACAGAGUGUUGUGUUCACCUAUUUCCAAGGGGACAUUAACAGCGUGGUAGAUGAACAUUUUUCUAGAGCUCUAAGCAAUGUCAAGAACCCACAAGACCUGAGCACGAAGCACAAGGGUGAGACUGCUGUCCUGAAGAACGUAGAUAACAUGUCUCUCCAUCACUGGAAUUUCUCUUCACAUUGCUCCAAACCAUAUCCAUCAUCUUCUGCAACGGGCACGUCAAAUGCUGGUCUGAGUUUCUCAGCUGCUGGGAUGGCAGGCCAAUACCAGCCGUCAGCUCUGCGGAGUCAUCCCACCCAGCCUGCAGAUUUAUGGCCCUUCCCUUCAAUUGGGACUCCCAGUCUUCCCAGUUCAGUGUAUCAUCAUGCCCUGCCUGACCUGCACGUGGUAGAUGAGCCUGACAGGAAAUACGGUUCUCUCCUUGGCCUUCUGCAGCAGGAAAGGUGUCUGACAUCCAUGCAAGAAUGUAACAUGAAGCAACACUCAAGCUCUGCUUGUAUGACUGGACCUGCUAGGUUACAAAAUAUAAGUCAAAGUUCAGCUCCUGGAGGAGAGAGGAAAGGAAGCUCUUACCAAGGCUCAGAAAAUCCCAGUGUAAGCCAUGCCACUGCAGGUAUUCAGAUGCCUGACAGAAGACAAGAUUUGUACUUUUAGCAACUGGAUGUUUCUCCUUUAUUCUGAAAGCGAAAGUUCUUGCUGUGAACUCUUAUUGUUUGCAACUGUGAAUCAAGAAGAAAUGAGCUGCAGCUAUUCUGUGCUUUUUCUCUCACUUGGAAGAAUACCUGUAUUAUUUACAAUUGGAGGAAUGAAAAAUCACCUUUUUCUACUCAGUAAAUAAUUUCUAAUAGCUGUGGUAUUAAACCUGACACUGUCUGUUGUGAAGAAAUAUUGUCUACUUAAGGCUUUUUGUGUAGUUCUCUUGAAGGGACUCAACACUUUUUCAUCUUUCUGUGUUUAUUGAUUUAUCAUCUCUUGAUAAGUAGCACAAUUCCUAUCAAUGCUGUUGACAAGUGCAGGGAUGCAGUUGGCAUCAAUUCAGUGCAGCAGCUUCUUAGCUUGAUUUGAUAUCUCUGUAUUAGUCUUAGGCCAAAGAGACUUCAAGACAACCACAGGUCAGCAAAGCACGUACCAUAUUUAUGUUUUGAAAGCACAGUAAUUUGUAACCCUAGUUGCAAUUCACAGGGACACCCUGCAGAAACUACAUAAUAUGCUUAUGCCUGAAGGCUCUGUUUUACCCUCUUGUAAUGUAUAAUCAUCCUCUGGAAAGCAGUGAAUUAACACCAGGUCUGGGAGGAAAUCUGGGUCCUCACUGGAUGCAAUUAAAGUACC